UCCCAUGACCACCACCCAUUUCAACCUCCCCACCCCCACCACCGCCCGCAUUGUCACUCCGCUUCUCCUCUGGUCGUGAAACCCCCACACCGCCCUCCGAUGGCCGGCGGCAGCGUGCCGGAGCUUCUGCAGCUCGUCCACGACAUCGCCGGAGCUGGUAAUUCAGGCUGCGGCGUGUUCAGGAAGGACUGCACCGAUCUGGUGCGGCGGAUCGCGCUGCUGACGCAUUUGUUCGAGGAGAUUCGGGACUUCAAAGGCCGCCAAUCUCCGCCGUCGGAUGCUUCGACUUCAUCGUGCUCGACGGAGCCGUGGGUUUCCGAUCUCGUCACGGCUCUUCAGGCUGCUAAGCGGCUUGUAUCCGAUUCCAAUUGCGCCGCUCCAGUUCUCGCCGCUGAAGGAAGCAAAAAGAUAAGCUUUCAAUUUCAAUGUGCCACCUGGAGAUUGGAGAAGGCGCUAGCUGAAAUACCGUAUGAUCAGUUUGAAAUCUCAGAGGAAGUUGAAGAACAGGUUGCAUUGGUUAGAGCACAAUUGAGAAGAGCCAUAGAGAGAUAUGGGUCAUUGGUUACGAGGAAAAUGUCAUUUCAUGGCCUCCCUCAGUCUCUGGUAGAGUCUGGAGAAUGGGUGCAUGUGGUAGAGGAUAAUAGUAGUUCAAAGGUGAUAGACAAUCUACCCAAGAGCUUUAGUGCCGAUGAUUUGGUUCAUAAAUUGCAAAGGAUGAGUAAUAUACGUGUGGCGGAGUCGCCUUCGCUCUGCUCAGAGAAUGAAACUCAUGUUGAUGGGGAGGAAGAUACAAAAAAGAAGCCUGACGCCGCUGUUAUCCCAGCUGAUUUUAUAUGCCCGAUAUCUCUGGAACUCAUGAGAGAUCCUGUUAUUGUGGCCACUGGUCAGACGUACGAGAGAUCUUACAUACAGAGAUGGAUAGACUGCGGAAAUACAACUUGUCCAAAAACUCAGCAAAAGCUUCAAAAUGUGACACUAACUCCAAAUUAUGUCUUGAGAAGUCUAGUUGCUCAGUGGUGUAUUGACAACAACAUUGAGCAGCCAACGGGAUUAACAAAUGGUAAGCUCAAGAAGAGUGAUGGAUCCUUUCGUGACAUUAGUGGGGACAUUGCAACCAUUCGAGCUCUGGUAAGCAAGCUUGCAGGUCGAUCAGUUGAGGAGCGGAGAGCAGCUGCGGCAGAAAUAAGGUCACUGUCCAAAAGAAGUACUGAUAACCGAAUACUAAUUGCAGAAGCGGGUGCUAUUCCUGUUCUGGUCAAUCUCUUAACAGUAGAUGAUGGUUUAACACAAGAGAAUGCAGUGACUUCCAUUUUAAACCUCUCGAUAUAUGAAAACAACAAGGGGCUCAUAAUGCUUGCUGGUGCUGUUCCCUCUAUUGUACAAGUCCUCAGAGCUGGAAGCAUGGAGGCACGAGAGAAUGCUGCAGCGACAAUUUUUAGUUUAUCGCUUGCUGAUGAGAACAAGAUAAUUAUAGGUGCAUCAGGAGCAAUUUCAGCUCUGGUGGAUUUGCUUCAAAAUGGGAGCACAAGAGGGAAGAAAGAUGCUGCAACAGCGCUGUUCAAUUUGUGCAUUUAUCAGGGCAACAAAGGGAGGGCUAUCAGAGCCGGGAUAAUUACAGCUCUACUAAAGAUGCUAACUGAUUCAAGCAAUUGCAUGAUUGAUGAGGCACUGACCAUUAUGUCAGUUCUUGCUACCCAUCAAGAGGCUAAAGUUACUAUAGUAAAGGCCGGUACAAUACCUGUUUUGAUAGACCUUUUGCGGACAGGCCUGCCUCGAAAUAAAGAGAAUGCAUCUGCCAUUUUGCUUGCAUUGUGCAAGAGAGAGAACGAGAACCUUGCCUGCCUAAGUAGGCUUGGUGCUGUCAUACCCUUGACAGAGCUCACUAAGAGCGGAACAGAGAGAGCCAAAAGGAAGGCUAAUUCAUUGCUGGAGCAUCUUCGGAAGUCGCAGCAGCUAUAACAACAAUUGUAGAGGUAAUGCCAUUGGUUUCCGAAUUGUUAAUCAAUGUCCUCCAAAAAAAUUUUCUCAAUGAAUGUUCCACUGUUCUUUUUGUGGUGUGAAUCUGAGAAUUCGAGAUAGAUAUGAAUAAGUCGAUCGAUCUCAAUGCUUUGUAUAUUCGUUUCUUCCUUUUUUUAAGAGUGAGAACAUGCUGAUUCAAUACACAUUGUUUUUCUGUAACAUUCUUUAACUUCACUC